AUGUCAGAACCGCCGGUCCCGCGACCGAUCUCUGUUGCCGAGCUCGACAAAGAUAUCGAAUCUCUCAAUGAAAGGCUUGCAGACAUAUCUCUUCCGGACUCUGACGCAGAUGAGUACGACACCGAAUCAUCUGACGGAGACGUUGCGGCCCAAGACAACUUCGAUCCCACGCGGUGUCUCUUUUGCAAUCAACUCAGUCCAAGCUUCGCAGAAAACAUGACACACAUGCAGAAGGGACACGGACUGUCGAUUCCGAAUCCCAAUAGUUUGAUAGUAGACUUCGAGACGUUGAUCAGGUACUUCCACCUCGUCAUGGUCGAGUACAAGGAGUGUCUCUACUGCGGAUCCGUCAGAAACACAGCCCAGGCUGUUCAGCAGCACAUGAGAGGGAAGGCGCACUGCCGAAUAGACAUUGACAAGGAAGACUCGGAGUUUAGAGAUUUCUAUGAUUUCGACUCCAGUUGUGGCACAGAGAGCGGGGACGACCCUACGUUUCGGCAACUUCUUGACUCGGACGAGAACACCAGAGAAUUAGCAUCUGGAAAGACUGUAUCUCAUCGAAAUGCCAAAAUCUCCAGAGUGCGACGGAAACCACAAAACGACGAGAGGCAAGCCAGCGACUCGCUGUUGGGGCGGAAGAGUUCAUCCAGCGGAGAUACAUCGACAGCCUUGACAGCAAGCAGCAGUGCCAAGAAGAAUCUAGCAGCGGCAACAGAGAAGCGAGACAGAAUAUUCGAACGGCAGAUGGCCACGCUGCGUCCGACCGAUCGGCAGACGUUGAUGCACCUGCCGCUCCCUCAACGAAGGGCUCUGUUGGCUAAGGCGAAGAAACAGCAGGAGACUUGGAACAGCGAGCAAAUAGCACAGAAGAUCAAGCUUCAGGCAAAGGCCAGGAAAUAA